AUGAGAGAACAGUUACAAAGCCCCGACUUUCGCAAUGUUUGCUUUCCUUGUUCGCACUUUCCGGGUUUAGUACAGGUUAUAGAGGAGCGGGAUUGGAACAUUGAGUCACCGUGUUCUAGUAACAGAAGCUCGGCGACUUCAACCACUUCGAGUGUUAGUACUUCUUGUAAAACGGAACAUUCAAGCCCGAGCGAAAUAGAGAGAAUUUCAGUCAUGGAGUCUGUGGAGCCAAGUGUUGUGAAUGUUGGAGCUACUGCGCAGCUGAGAAGAAGAAACAGUUCAGUUUCGAGAGGGAGACGAAGACUUAAAAGCAUGCAAAUCAUCACUACACCGAAUAACGACACUCUAGAACGGUCAGAGACAUUUGUAGCGCAAGAUGGUGUCUUAACUACAAACUUUUGCUCUACAGAAUUAUGAUUUCGUCGAGGUUGUUAGGGGUUUUCACAGCAGGUGAAGAGAAUUGAAGCGGGAGGUCUACAGUACACCUCGUGCUUUGACAGAUCAGAACGCGAAGAGGAGCGAAAGUAUCGAAAAGGUCGAACGGUCGUCCUGCUUCAUUCCCAACCAUCAGUAUAAUACGCAGCAAAUAUCGCAAGUCUACGUGCAGGACUUUUCCGCGAUGGUUAAAGCCUCGACGGAAAUAUGGAGAGUGCAAAUCUACUGACAUGAACUCAUCACUUAAAACAAAGAGAAACUGAGUUCAGUUAAAAACUGGACGUGAACUCUAUCAGGUUAAACGUAUAAAUGAAUUUCCGGCUUUGCACCAUGUUUUAUUUAUCCAAGUCGGUGUAACUUAUAGAUAAGCUCGACAUGAUUAGGGUAUACAAAAUGUAUAAUAGCAUUUUCGAAUGUAUGUAAAUAGUGUACGUAGAUUUAUGUUUCUGUGAUCGCCGAACGUUUGAAACAAAGUUACAGAACAGACUAAAUAAUAUAUCCCAAAGAUUCAAUUCAUGUUGUCUAACUCAUUAAUUGGCAAGAAUAGAAAUCAUUCUUAUUUAAUGUUACACAAUACCUUGCGCAAGAUAAAAACUACUGAUUACGAUUUAAUUAGUUUAUAUACUAAAUAAAGUUUACAAUUGGAUUAAUCUGUAUUUCUUUUGCGAGUAAAUCAGAAUAUCAAUCAAAUAUCAAUAAAUGGCUUCCAUGCGAGAGGAGUAGGGGAGACUAAAAUACUUCCCUGAAUUAACUUGACGGCGAACUAAAGUUCCACACGUACAACUUGAUACGCAUGAAGAAAUCGCGAAAAAAGGAAUAUUGAUUUGGUAAUAUUCCUCCAGGGCACAUUUUUAAUCAACUUUACAAGUUUUUAUUUUUUUCGGUAUCACUACGGCGUUAAGACAAUACAGAGUUUUUACUGGAAAAUAAGGGUGUUAACAACAUAUAUGAUCAAAGUGCGUGAUUGUCUAUUAGAGUAAAAUAUAAUCAUAGCAUACGACUGCAGAAAAAUACUCUUUCUCUUGAAUCAGUCUGAACAAAGUUAAUCCAAAUUCAGUAUUUUGUCUUCAUAAGAACUAACAAAUAAACCAAGAAUCUUUGUCUUCAUAAGAACUAACAAAUAAACCAAGAAUCUUAGACCAUUGUAAACACUUCCGGUUUUUCUUAGGUGAGAUCAAAAAUGCCUCCAUCGACGGCUUUGUUCAGCUCAGUUUGUGGAAAUCCGAACUGUCGGAGACUUCAAGUUUGCAUUCCAUCUGGAAAAUGUUUUGCUUCGUACCGAAGUUCACCAGAAUAUUAUGAAAUACAGAUGAAUUUGCUAGAAAGCAUGUUUUUUGGGUGACCUAUAAAACAGGUUAAUCACUCCCAGACUUGAUUGCCGUAUAAACUGUUAUUCGACUCAUACUCAUCAUUUGUGGGACAAUUACUUAUUGGAUAUUCUUUCACAUUUCAAGGCAAUUUAUUUACGAAUUUCAAAAAGAUAUAUCACCAUUAAAAACUAGAACUUUCUUUUCAAUUAAAGGCAGAAUUUUGAGAUGCCGUGAACACGACAACAGACUAGGAUAGUAAAUUGCAAUGUUAAAUAUUUGCAAGUUUUUCUACCUCGUAGAAUGAGUAUAUUUGUUUCGGGUUUUCAACAAGGAAAUGCUUCAGUAAAAAGUAUACCAUUCACUGAAUGGCCAAGGUCAAAACUCCCAAUAAGUUCCAUGAUCGAUGUAAUACACUGCAAAAAGGAAUGAUCAUGUAAAAGGUACUGCAGAGGCGGUUUCAUGUUAAAGGAAAUCCCGCUGCAGAUUUUUUUCCACACAAAUUAAAAGAGUAAGAACAGUACAGUAAUGUAAACAGCACCACAAGAGAGCACUGUUCCGUAGCUUUCACGGAACGCUGGUAUAACGACAUAGAAUUUCAUGCACAGACUGCACAUAGUUGGGACCAUUUUGUACUGCACAAAUAGUACCAAAUUAAGGGAAAAUACCGCUCAAAAGCUUUUAUUAUAAUAAUCGCUUUCUUUGGUAAAAGCAAAGCAAAACAGUACCUCAGGAACUCUCAUGGCCAGUAGCUUUAUUGAGUUUAUUUCAUGUUCCGCCAACAGUAACGACCGGUGGGAUGAUUGUCCACGAACUCAGAAGUUAGACCCUGACUUCUUGUGCACAGUACCAACGUCAUUAAGUAACUUUCAUUUCCUGAAUACGCCACCGCGGAUAUAUUUUAAUGAAUUUAUACCCUUACCCAAACUCGAACUUUACGAAAACGCACUUCAAAGGGGAAAUGUAUUUAGUAACGCCUGUUUUGCGUUUAAGCUUGGACGGAAAACCUUCUAAACUCUAGGAGUUUUCUAGCAACUAUGCGUGGUUAAAUUGAAGUGUGUGUGGGCAGGAGACAUUUCAGCCGUUUUUUUGGCCCAAACCGGGAAAAAAUACUUUAUAUGACCUAAAUACUUUUUACCCUUUCGAACAGAUAAGCAUUCCGCUAAAAACUGCUUAAUUCGAGGGGGUCAGAACUUUAUUCCCAGCCAUCCAGCUGUGUUUGAACGAAAAUGGAAUUCCUUUCAUAUUUUAGAGGCCACGAUUAUGCAACAGGGCACAGAGAAUGGCUGAAACCGACUUUGGUAAUUACGUCAUAAUAAAGUUCUUUUUUUUCCGUUUUUUUAAAGUAUCAAAACAACGCGCGCGAUUUCAAUUCCAUACAACUUCGGACUCCAUUAAAGUGUCACAUGUUCUUAAUAUUCAAAACAGGGCGUAAAAGUAAGAAAGCAGUUUCAAGUUUGUUUUUCCUAAGAAAGACUCCCUUAUCAGUUCCCUAUACUGAUUUCCAACAAAUAAGGGACGUUGAUUUAGCCGGGAAUGCAACACAUGCAUUGGGCCUAUGUUGCUUGAGUCUUAACUGUUUUCUGGUCAUCUGUUCUGUUUGCAACUCGAACUAUAAUUAUCAGCACAAACGAAAACCCCUGCACAGUGUUCUCUUGCGAAAUUGCUGGGAAUUCAUCAAAACAGCUCACCAAGAGAAUGUUCCAGUAGCUAGUCGUUCCAGUAUGUACUUAACGACAUCAUAAAAUCUCAAAGAAAUAAGAGUAAGAUUGGAUCAUUCAAAUCCGCACGAGGCCGGGUAGCCAGGUGGUCAAAAGUCGCAGCUGUAAUCUGGGCUCACUUUUCCUACACUUUUGGAUAUCUAUGCAUUUCUUGGUAAUCAGGGAACCGAAACGACUGCGCAUUCUACGUGGGCUCCCUGUGCACCGAAAUAGUGUCAGCAGUCGCUUGGUGGGCGGUGUUGAAUUGAAUUUGAGGCACGGGCGCUAAGCGAUCCUAACUGCACAACCACGCCCAUGAUUAGUUACAAACUACGAUGAAUUCUUGCUAGCCUUAGCGAGACGAGACAGCAUACUACUCUUAAUUUGGUGGAAAAUCCAAUUUUUGAGGAUAUACCGCAGGCUCUUGCGCACGUAAACACGACUUACGAGAGGUCUUACAUGACGUAGUAUACGUGUCCCGUCAGGGCAAAACCAACAAGGCCUCCAGGAAGAGAAAUUGAGUUCAGUUCUAAAGCUUACCUAAAAAAAUGCAGGUGGCAAUGGAGGUAAGUUGUCCUUGCACACAAUUUGAUAUUGGACGCUCCUGACGCUACACAAUGACUAGAAAAAUGCUUUAAAAAAAUAAACAAGAACCAAAAUCAAAAUAUUAUCCCAGAAAAGCGACUGAAUCGGCCUCAGAACAACUGGGCGAAGAAUAUUUAAGUGUCGAAGAAUAAAUUGACUUUAACUGGCAAGAAUGAAUCGAACCAGGUAUUUUGCCUCAUCAUUCGAAUGUUUCGAUUGCAUCAGCAGGCGAACCUGUUGCGACUGCUUCGCGUUCUACUGUAAUAUUAAUAAGGUCGUUCUCAUUUCCCCAUUCAAAAUGAAUUCAAAAUCAUUAUCAGUAACUUGUCAAUAACAUUUUCAGUUCCAACGCAGUCUGGUUCCAACGCAGUCUGGUUCCAACGCAAGUACUCAAAACUCGAAUGACUUGCCCCUUGUAAGGUAAAAAUCCGGGAUACGAAAAUUUUUCUCAUGGGAAAUAUGGAAGCCAGGGCUUUGGAAUACGGAAUUCAGCUCAAGGAAUCCGGAAUACCUCUAGUGACUGGAAUCCGAAGUCCAAUUUCCAUUGACAAGGAAUCCAGAAUCCAGUACCUGUAAUCCGGAAUCCACGGCGUGGAAUCCAGAAUCGAAGACUGUAUUGGAUUACCUAACAAGGGGCGAGAAGGACCCACAAAUCCAGGUAAGGGAAAUUUAGGGGUCAGUUAUAAUCCCAAAAACAUCGUGGGGGGAGCAUACCCUCGUGACAUCCUAGAGCAUGCCCCUUCGGCGCUCGUAAAUGUCUCGGAAAUCGGUCACCAUUUGUUCCCAUCGGAGUUCGGCUUAGAUCUUCGCUCGCCGGUCUUCUUCAUUUUAAGCCCGCUUCGCAGACAAUUAUACUUUCUUGUCCCAUGCACUAGGGAAUCCAAGACAUUCUCCAUGCAGUGGAUUCCGGAUUUCAAGCACUGCAUUUCGGACUUCUUUUCAAUGGAACUUGGAUUUCGAAUUCCAAAUCUUAGUAAGAUUCCGGAUUCCUUGAGCUCCUGGAUUCCAAAGCUCAGGAUUCUGGAUUCCAUAACUCAAAUUUUCCCGGAUUCCCUUACUUUAAACGUUUAUGACGAACAGCUUUUAUUAUUUACGAGGAAGAAUUUCGAAACUUUUGUCUGCAACGCAGACUUCUUCAUUCCAUGCGUUUACCGGCUUUAAGUUACCUAAUAUUGAAGUUCAGCUGAGCAUUUGGUGAAAAAAUUAUCAUUAGACUUCAGCACUGACAGCUUUUAACUAAUUUCCUGAAAACAACAACCAACACUUCUUAGAAGCCUACAGCAAUGUCGUAACAGCUGUAAUAGAGGGUCAUGUAGCUGCUUUUCGAUAUAUUAAAAUUCAUACUUGGCUCCGAGGCUAGGGAGAAUAAAACAAAAGAAGUGCAUUUUUCAUUACUGAGCCUCAAGAUGAUUUAUUUUGCUUUAUUCCCUCAAGCCUCGAAGCCAAGAAUGAAUUUUAAUACACCGGAAUUUGUCUAACCGUAACUAAACAAUGGGAAUUAAAUAAUGAUAAGCAAUGAUGUGUUAUUGUUUACUUCGACCGAUGAGGAAACACCUUACAAGCAGCUUCUACAUUACUGUUAAUAGAGCGUUUUUACAGAAAUCAAGCCAGUAGCUAUGCAAAUUUAUUGGAACAAAACAGAGUUUUUACAUAAGAAAAGAUUCAACUCCCACAGGACUGGUUUGGAACACCAACAUGGCCGGCUUGACGUCAUGUGA